AUGUCUGUUUGUUAUUUCUUCUCAGAAAACCUAUUAAAACGUAAAGCGGAUGAUGAUUACUACCAUGCAUUGAAAAAACAUGCGCCAUCAACCUUCUGUCAUCCAAAGUGUUGGAAAGACGAACAAUAUUCUCAAAAACCUCUCUACUUGAACCAUCGUCCUGCAAAUGCAGAAGGAGAUCCCAUUACACUCUUACAUCCUCUGUUUGCAACUUUCUAUGAUGAUUGCAAAACAAUACAGCCAACUCGAACUGAUGCCAAAUUUGUCAUGGAAAUUACAGAUCAUAUGCCUGAAGCUUUUGCAGAUGAAAAUGCGAGAAUGAUAAAAUUUCAUGAAAUUUAUUAUAAACAUUAUAAGAUGCAACUGAAUCAGGUCAAAGUAGGCAAUUGUACAGCUGAUGGCUCUGGUUUUGAUACAGCAGGACAUCUUUUGGUGGUUAAUCUAGAAGUUAAACCGGAACUUGGCUUAGGGAAUGGAUGUCCUUACAUCCAAG